CUGCACGUUUUCUCUCGUGGUCAACCAUGGCAUGACAUGAUUAGCAGCCCUAGUCUUUGAGGAUUUCUUCUGCCCUCAAGGCUGCGAAGAAUGUCAUUGAGCCUUUCUACAAGAACGUAUACGGUCAUACGUAGUAAGGAAGAUAAUUCUUCUAUAUCUUUGACAUUGGCAGCACCUAUUAUUCAUGCCGAAAAUCUCUAUCUUCAAACUUGGGGUUCAAGUUUUGUCCUCGCUAAUCUACUUCAUAAACUCGAAGAUCAACUUCCGUUCACCAAACCCCGGACAAAGACAGAAGAUGAUCCGGAAAACACCUCGACGAUAACGAUCGAUGUCCUCGAAUUAGGUGCAGGAACUGGUCUGGUCGGUCUCAGCGCCGCAUCUAUUCUCCGAUCCAGCCUUGGUCGGAAUGGGGCGGUCGUUCUGACGGAUCUUCCAACCAUCGUUCCUAGUCUAGUGGAUAACAUAAAACUGAACGAGGAGCUCGUUGGAGGAGGAACUGUACUCUGCGGGUCGUUAGAUUGGAAUACUCCGAAUCAACUCGUUUUGUUUACCCGAACGGGGGACGGGGAAGACGGAAAUAGUCUGACUACGCUCACACCCGAAAAUAAAGCUCUUCUCAUAGUGGCGGCGGAUACGAUGUACACGGAGGAUCAUCCUCGGCUACUCUCACGAACGAUAUUCACUUGGUGUGUACUUGACAUUUAUCCUUGAUUGCAUUCUGAAUCUGAUGGAACGCUACGAGGCUUGGCAACGUUCCCGAAGCCCGAGCUGUGAUUUGUUAUCCCAUGCGUAUAGCUUACCUUGACGCUAUUAGAGAAUUCUGGGAGAUCAUGGAGACUGGAGGGCUGGUUUGUGUUAAGGAGGGAAGGGAAGAGCUUGGCGAGGGGAUGGUGGGGAAAGAGAAGGAAGAAUGGGAUGAUGAGAGGCUCCAUGAAUGGUGUAUCUGGAGGUGGAAAUGAGCAUAAGACACGGGGCCAUGCCCUCAUCUGAGAACUGCCAGCGCCCAGAAGCCGCCUUCAAGUUUACGUUUACUUCACAGGAUUGAUAUAUUUAUCAAGAUAGCAGGAACCCAUCGGAUGCACGAUUCAGAGGUGUCGCUACUCGUCGCCGACCUUCGGUCGGUUCCUCAUAGGCUCUGCGCAAGCUUUAUUAUUAGGAUGACUCGGGUACGUUUGUUUCAUCAACGCUUCACCAUCAGUUAUUAGCGCCCCAUACAAACCCCAAUCGGAAUGUGUCCACCGAAAACAGCGAUAUCCUGGAUCCAUGUAUAACCAUGGAGGUGAUAACUCGGAUUUGAGUCGCAAAGUGCGCGA